AUGUUAGCGUCCUUCCCACAAAUGGAAGCGCUUCACUCUCUGCCUCGGAACCCGGACGUUGCGAUGCGACAACCUUCGGCGGAGGAUUUGGAUGCUGCUCAGCAGUUGAUCUCUUCGGCUCAGGCUGGCCGUGAACAUUUGGCAGAUCAAUACCGGGAGGAACCCAUGAUUCAGGGAACUGGUCAAUCUGGAUCAGAUCGAUGGAUUGGACAUGGACACGGUGAAAUUCCGGUCGAAAAGACGUCUCCCAAGAGCCAAAAAGAUACGACAUUUUUAGGACAUUCAUGCAGCAAUUGCGGAACUAAAAGCACUCCACUCUGGCGUCGUUCUCCGACGGGAGCGAUGAUCUGUAACGCCUGUGGCCUUUACCUCAAGGCUCGAAAUGUUGCUCGCCCCACAAAACGGAAUCGCAUUCAAUCCGAAGGGGCCGAAAAAGUACCGCCCCCAACUGCCACACACUCCGAAGGCUGCACUCCAUCUGAAGGCGGUGGCUGUAAGGGGUCGUGCCCUGGAGGUGGAAGUUGCAAUGGCACUGGUGGCGCCGAGGGAUGCGAUGGAUGCCCAGCGUACAACAACCGCAUCUACAAGUCUGCUCCCCGUGGAACUGCUGCGAUUCAGUCUUCAUGGGGACGUCCCGCAGUACAGGAGCUUGAGCCUGUACCACAAGAAGAGACACCCAUAAAAACUACCGCCCCUGCCGAUGGAACCAAUACACUGGUCGCUUGUCAAAAUUGCAGUACAACUGUGACUCCCUUGUGGCGUCGCGAUGAACAAGGCCACCCCAUCUGCAAUGCCUGUGGACUGUACUACAAGCUACACGGGUGCUAUCGUCCCACGAAUAUGAAGAAGUCUAUCAUCAAACGUCGCAAACGCGUGGUUCCCGCUCUGCGAGAUCAGUCUCCGACUGCAGCCACCCUCUCCUCUAACGGGUCGUCAGCAUCGCCGGAAGCCUCACCAGCUACCCUGGCGCAUGGCCAUGACGAUCACUACCGCUACAUGAGCAGCGAGCCUGCGGAUCAUUAUCAAAUGAUGCCUGGAAAGACCGAAGACGCACCUCGAGCCUUGCCUUUUGCACCCCCGCCGCCGCCAGUCGACUUCACGGGCUACAAUGUCUCAUCCGUACCCCUUACACACGGUCUCUCCAUUGCCCACGGCCUACCCAAGCCAUUGGGUGUGGAUCGCCUGGCCCAUUCGCCCGUGUCUCAAUACGGACGACGCUCCGCCUCUCCAAACUCAAUUACCCUCCCCAAAAAACGAACUCUGGCCGAGGCCGCUACGGACGCCUUACCGGCGCCCUCCACCCUGGAAACCGGAUCAAAUCAACUGCCUCCAAUCAUGUCCUCAGCCAAUCCUACUCCCCCGGGCCGUCUCAGCUCCAUUUCAUCUAUUUUGAACCAAGAUGCUCAGCGGUCAGAUCCUAAUCUGGCUCGCCCCCAGCAUCUCCACCAUUCCGUCUCUCCUUCUCCCCACCCCCCGCAGCACCUACCUGGUAUCGCUUCUCUGGGUGACUCUGUCGAUCGACGUGCUCGACUGGAACGCGAAGCCGAGCAGAUGCGCGAGAUGCUUCGGGCCAAGGAGCGUGAAUUGGCGGAGAUGAGACGAUAG